UGAGAGUUGCAAAGACCAGUUUUUAUAGCGGGAAAAUUCCCCAGAAUUGUCAUAACCUAAGAGGUGGUUCAUCUCAGAGAGAAUCAUCAUUCUCAAGCUUCUUGCUUGAUUCCAGAAAACUAAGGAAGCGUUUGUUUGCGAUGGAGAGUGUGAAGAAGAAGAAGAUGAAGAGAGGAGACAUGGUGUGGGUCAGAUUCCCCUUCUGCCCUCGCAAAUGGCUUCCCGCGUUGGUUCUUUCUUCCGACAACCUUGGCCUCAAUGUCACCUGUUCUUUCUCCUACACCAAAAAAGACACCGUUUUCCCCUCCUCCUACGUCUCCCACUCCGAGAUUCUCCCCUUCGAGGAAGCGUUCCCCUUUAUCGCUAAGCGCGACGAAGUUGAUUUGCCGCUGCUUCAUUCCGCGCUACGCUUCUUCGGCCGGAGAAUCAUUUCCGGGCUGCGUUGUCGGUGUCUGACGGGCCUUGACGGGCCGGACUGUUCUUCCGGGUUUGACCCGACUGAGGUUUUGGGCUUUGUUUUGGACGCCGCCGUUUCGCCGUCGGUCGAACUCCCAUCUUUCGCACGUGCUGUUAGAGUCGUUGCUCAGGUUCACGCUUAUCGGAGCUGUUGUUCUUUAAAGCACAAGAAACUUUACAAAGAAACUAAAGUCGCAGGUGAUAAAUUGAAGCUGAUUCGAAGUUCAAUUUUGGGUCAGAAGAGGCAUUUAGUUACUCAAGAAUCUGUUGCUUUGGAAUCCCUGGUAAAAUGUCAGAUCGUAUCCAAAAACCAACAGUCAAAGAAAGUUCUUGGUGCUAUGAAGAGAUUGAUCUCAACGGUUCCAGUUUGGGAAGUAAAUUCUGCACACUUGUUUUUUAAUAGACAUCCGAUUAUUUCAGAGAGUUUUAUAGACUGUCCUUCUUUAGAGCCACUUUACAUGGUGCUAGAAAGACUAAAAUCUUCAAGGCAGAGCCUUCUGGGAUUCAAAAAGAUAUCAGACCGGGGCUUAGUUGAUAUCUCCUUUGAAAACAUUGAUACUAUGAGUAAAACUCACAUCUUAGUUCCUUCCAAUUUUAUGAUUCAUUUGAGAAACUAUAUUGAUGAAAGAGAAGACAAUGGCCAGGAGCUUUGCUGGAGAUUGCCUGACAAAGACAUCAUUGUAUACCUUAACAGGAAAAGAAGGCGACUAGAUAAAUCAGCUUCAUGUCAUGUUUUGCCUCAAACUAGUGGAGUUCAAGAAAGUGAAAGGGAUGCAUACAUUCUAAAACAUACCAGACCACGGAUCUCAGACAUUAAGAUGCUUGAACCAGAAGGAAGUAUCCAGAAAGGCAUUCAGGCCUCAACGUACGUUUGUGAAACAAAUGUGAACUUCACUUACAAGGCUCAGAAAGUGGAUUCUACAAGAAGUCAAAACUGUGAAUCAUUGUCUAACUUGGCGUUUGACUUCCAUUCUGAUAAUUGUGAGGUUGAUGCUGGUGCAGCAAAAGGUAAAGGUAUUCUAGGAUCUGACUCAUCUCUUUACCAAGAAAGUCUGCAAAUGAGUUGCGAUAGUGUUACAACGACUCCCAGUUCAGAAAAGUCUGAAGGAACGAAAAUAUUUUCUGAGGGUUGUAUAGUAGAGGGUAAGGAACGCUUCCAAGGUGUUGCUUCUUCGAAAUUCAAUUCAAAAGCUGGACAAUUAUAA